AUGGGAGGGGUACUAUUACUUCUAGGCCUAUGCCUAGUCAUGGCGUUGGCCUCAUUUCUUGCCGGAGCGCUGCCCCUUUCAAUGUCGCUUUCGCAAUCACAACUUCGAUUACUCUCGAGCGUCGGUGUUGGAAUAUUGGUCGGGACCUCACUUAUAGUCAUUAUCCCCGAAGGAAUCGAGGCUGCAACCGCUCCCGCGGAGGCUGCUCAUAUGCAUCGAGUUCGAAGCCUGGUGCGUCGAACCCCCUGGAGCCACGCCGUACUUCAACGUGGACUCCCUGAGUCAAUUGUCACAAUAAGCACCGGCUCAAUCGAGAAACGAAAUGACGAGUUGGACACCGAAGCGCUUGUCCGUCGCAUUAUAAAUGCAGGAGCGGGGAAUGGCCGAGUCAAGCGCGCAGACAUUGAAGCCGCCGUUGAAGCGAUAGGUGAUGAUGCUCCAGCCAUCCCAGGAGCCGGCGAUACCACAAAAGAUAGCACUACCGACAACAAGGGAUCAGAAAAGGCCGAGAGCGGAAAGGAAGACCAACAGAGCCAUGACGGAGAUCAUGAAGCAGAGCACGACCAUGACCAUGAACAGGAGCAUGAGAAAGAGGAAGCGCACGAGCACGAACAUGCCGUCCCCACAUUCGAAAUAGGCUUCUCGUUGAUUCUGGGGUUUCUGUUAAUGUUCCUGAUCGAUCGACUUCCGCGCCAUGCGACAGAGAGUCUUCACUCUACACCCCAGACCCGCCAUAUCAGUCUCGACAACCUCAACGGUGAUUCCGCCUCCGUUGACGAAGAGGCGGAUGGGUUCCUGGGAUCCCUGACACCCACUCCGCGACGAGCGCGCAGCCUGGCAACGACCACUGGACUGGUUAUCCACGCCGCCGCCGACGGAAUUGCAAUGGGUGCCUCGUCUACCACGUCAGAUAUGAAGCUUGGCUUCAUUAUCUUUGCGGCCAUUAUGAUUCACAAGGCUCCUGCUGCCUUUGGCCUAACUUCACUUCUCCUCAAGCAGGGUCUAUCGAAGCGAGCUGCACGAGGACACCUUAUUGUAUUCAGUUUGGCCGCACCUUUUGGUGCAUUGACAACAUGGACAUUGAUCACUCUGCUAGGCGGUGGUAAGGUUGAGAGUGAUCAUUGGUGGACCGGCAUGCUGCUUCUCUUCUCUGGUGGCACGUUUCUAUAUGUUGCUAUGCAUGCGAUGCAAGAGGACACUACCCCUCAUACUCAUGACCACGGCAUCAAUGGCUAUGCAGAUAGUAGUGCCACAGCACAGCGGAAACCAAAGGGACCGCAAAUGCGCGAUACACUGGCCACCAUGGGUGGUAUGCUGGUACCACUCCUCACACAGUUUGGCCACCACCACUAA